AUUAAAAGUUCCAGGAACUAGUUCACUGCGUCAGAGUAGUUCGAUUCAUUUUGACCACGCGACUAAACAGCUCGCACAUUUUAACAAUGUUUCAACCUGAAGAUCACGGCCUCGAGGCCGACUUUCGACUAACCAUGUUCUCCACCCUUCGAGGGUGAGGCUGCAAAGUCCCCGAAGAGAAGCUUAAACAAUAUCUCAGGGGAACAGAAAUAGUUAACAAUGCACCUCAACACGAUGACGACUAUAUUGGAUCUGGAAUGGAUUGCGCGGUUAUACCCUUAGCACGGCACAAGGAAUAUUCGCUAGUACAGACUGUUGAUUUCUUUUAUCCUCUGGUUGACGACCCCGAAACAAUGGGUCGCAUUGCCUUGGCCAAUGUAUUGAGUGACAUAUACGCUGUCGGAAUAACGGACAUUGAUAAAAUCGAAAUGCUCAUUAGUGCACCCUCAAACAUGUCAGAGAAGCAGCGAGAUAUUGUGGUGCCAUUAAUAAUGAAAGGUUUCCAAAGGGCAACAAGUGGCAGCGGCUGUUAUGGCAAUGUCUGCGUCAAAAAUGUUAUCAUCAAUCCCUGGUGCAUUGUGGGAGGCAUAGCUACAUCCCUUUGUCGAAAACAAGAAAUCAUACUACCUUCAAAUGGCAAGGCCGGAGAUGUAUUGGUGCUAACCAAGCCGCUUGGAACACAGCUGGCGACAGCUGCACACAUUUGGCAGAAGGAGAAAGAUGAUAAAUAUGAAAAGCUGCUAGCUGAUUUUACGGACGACGACAUAUUGAACACAUUUCAAAUGGCAAUAAAAUCGAUGACAUACCUGAACCGAAAUGCCGCGCUUCUUAUGCACAAGUACGAGGCGCAUGCUGCAACUGAUGUCACGGGCUUUGGUUUGCUGGGCCAUGCCAAGAACCUUGCUGACUUCCAGAAGCAGUCGCUUUUGUUUAAAAUUAACAAAUUGCCCAUAAUUAAAAAUGUUCUUAAAUUUGGCGAAUUAGUCGGACAAAGCACAAAGUUAGCGGCAGGCAAAGCCGUUGAGACAUCUGGCGGACUUCUCAUUUGCCUGACAAGAAAUGCAGCUGAACAGUUUUGCGCGGAGUUUGAGAAAGUAACGAAUGGAGCACAGAAGGCUUUUAUUGUUGGUGAAGUUGUGGAAGCCGAUAAAUCUGCAGUAGCAUUGGCAGAAAGUGUUGAGCAUAUCGAGGUUUCUCUUUAAAAAAUGUUAAUUUAGUUUUGGUGAAGCAAAUUGACUAUUCAACUAAUGAUUAUUAUUUCAUAAAGGCUUCUGGCUGGGAAAUAUUAUGAAAUGUUUUAUGUGUAAAUAUAAAAUGUUUGAUAUUCAGUUUGAUUCCAUAAAACUAUGAAUUAACAAAGUUUAGUUAUAUCUGUGCUACUAUGUUUCAAUAAACUUAUGCGGUGCCGCGCG